UUUCUCUUUGUUACUAGUCAUACAAAUUUUUUAUAAAAUAGAUUAAAUUUUUUAUUUAAACAAAAUAAUGUUGUCAAUUUAAGUAAAUGAAUGUUUUAAAUUGUUUAAUUUUAUAAUUUAUCAAAAAUAAAAUUAGUUAAUAAUUAAAACUAUCUCAGUUUAUUAAAAAAUGAAUACAAUUCAAAUUUCUAAUAUGCGACAAAAAACUAGUAUAUUAGAUAAAUCUAUUAGUAAAGGCAAAGGUGAAAUUAAUAUGAAUUGUUUUGCUCUACUGUUUUCGGAACUAGUUCAAUAUAGUCAAGGAAAAGCACAUACUGUAACUGAGCUUCAGAAUAGGUUAUCAGAUUUAGGACAAGAAAUAGGGACUAAAUUAAUUGACUUACAUUUUUUACGGGAAAAAAAUAGUAAACGAGAGAUUAAAUUACUAAACAUGUUGCUUCUCAUCAAGUCUACAUUUUGGAAAAGUUUCUUUGGUCGUGAAGCUGACAAAUUGGAACACUCUAAUGAAGAUGAUUCUACAUAUUAUAUAAUUGAAAAAGAACCUUUAGUAAACAAGUAUAUAUCUGUCCCUAAAGAUAAAGGAAAUCUAAAUUGUGCUAUAUUUAUUGGUGGAAUAAUUGAAGGGAUUUUAAAUUCAUCUGGCUUUAAUGCUAAAGUGACAGCACAUUGGCACAAAGGUACAACAUAUAUGGUUAAGUUUGAAGAUCAUGUUAUAGCUAGAGAUAAGCAGAUGGAAGAACGCUAAUAUUAUUUUUAUAUUUUUUUAUUUUACAUUAUUAUUGAAUAUAAAUUGCUUGGAAUAAAAUACACAUAGUAAAAACAUGUGUUAAGCAUUGUGUAUGAA